AUGCCAUCCCGCUCCGCCACGCCUCCCAUCCCCUUGCUACCCAUCCGAUCACAAUCUCAAGAUUCUGGGGAUCGAAGUGCCUCGGUGUUGGAGCAGGAAACCAGGAGGAAGGGCCACAGCCGGCGGUCUUCCUUGUCCUCGCACUCCGCCGCUUCAGACUUCUCGAUCUGGAGCGAUACCGGCGACCUCGCCGAGCAACUCGCCAACGAAGAAGAUCCUCUUCAGAUCGAACUGCGGAAGUCUGUCGAUGGUACCCAAUAUCGCCAGCGGUCCCGAGCAAAGAGGGUACAUUACUCUGAAGAGACUUCUCUCGCACAAGGUGGCAUAGAUAAGGAGGCUAUCGAAAUCCCGGCACUCGGUUCGCGACAGAUCUCCAAGACAGAACAGUUCUUGGCUAUCAUCAUGUCACCAGGCGCCAGAUCAAGAGCUCGUUCCCACGGGCUGGUGGGAAAACCACUUUUGUACUUUACUAGCGUUUUCGUUUCUCUCGGUGUGUUCCUCUUCGGUUAUGAUCAGGGUGUGAUGUCUGGCAUUAUUACAGAUUACUUUAAUCAACCGUCCCGAGCGGAAAUCGGCACUGUCGUUGCCAUCCUCGAGAUAGGAGCUUUAAUCGCAUCGUUGUUGGUGGGGAGAAUUGGCGACCUUAUUGGGCGCCGAAAAACUAUCCUCUAUGGAUCUAUGAUAUUCUUUGUCGGGGGCGCUUUGCAGACAUUUGCAAACGGUUUGCCCAUGAUGAUGCUUGGGCGCAUUAUAGCUGGUCUUGGCGUUGGAGCUUUAUCUACUAUUGUUCCUGUCUUCCAGUCUGAGAUCAGUCCCCCCCAUAAUCGGGGGAAGCUCGCCUGUAUUGAGUUCACUGGUAAUAUUUGUGGCUACGCUGCGAGUGUUUGGGUCGAUUACUUUUGCAGUUUCAUCGAUAACGACUAUUCCUGGCGUUUGCCCCUCCUUUGCCAAUGUGCCAUGGGCGCCCUUCUUGGUUUUGGUAGCAUUCUCAUUCCGGAAUCUCCCAGGUGGCUGUUAGACAAUGACCAUGAUGAAGAAGGCCUGAUUGUCAUUGCCAAUUUAUACGGUGGAGGAGACAUCCACAAUGAAGAAGCACGACAGGAAUACAGGGAUAUAAAAUUCGGCGUUCUCACUCAGCGACAAGAGGGAGAAAGAUCGUAUGCCGACAUGUUUCGUCGUUACUACAAACGUGUUUUGAUUGCAAUGUCUGCUCAAGCCCUGGCUCAAUUGAAUGGCAUCAAUGUUAUAUCAUACUACGCUCCGCUUGUCUUUGAGUCCGCGGGCUGGGCUGGCCGGGAUGCUAUCCUGAUGACUGGUGUGAAUGCAAUCACCUAUCUGGCAUCCACUGUGCCCCCGUGGUAUCUAGUUGAUGGAUGGGGCCGACGCCCCAUCUUACUAUGGGGAGCUGUUGCUAUGAUAAUUUCGUUGAGUUUGAUGUCAUAUUUUAUUCUUAUAGACGUGGAGGCAACUCCGACACUCACUGUCAUUUGUGUUAUGGUUUACAAUGCUGCCUUUGGCGCAUCCUGGGGUCCUAUUCCUUGGCUUUACCCUCCUGAAAUUCUGCCAUUGAGCAUCCGAGCCAAGGGAGCCAGCUUGAGUACCGCCGCAAACUGGGCUUUCAACUUUCUAGUUGGGGAGGUCACUCCGGUCCUCCAAGCAUUGAUUAAAUGGCGCCUGUAUCUGAUUCAUGCCUUUUUCUGUGCCUGCAGUUUUGUCGUAGUAUACUUUUUGUAUCCCGAAACGAGGGGUGUACGCCUUGAAGAUAUGAACGAUCUUUUUGGAGACGCCACCACUGCCAUGCCAACACCAGUAACACAAGCCGAACGCGACUCCUUGAUGGGAUUUAACUCACCCGUGCCUUCACUUGACCUUCCUCGUCACAACGGUCAAUUCAGUGCCGAGAGCGCAAUCCCCGGUCUUAACAUCGACCCACCAGCAAUCGGAGCAGACAGUCGUAGCAAGAAUAAUUCUCAGAAUGCGCCAAAUGACACUGAAAACCGCAAUGAGGGUCUUGGUGGUUGGAUAUCAAAUAUGUUAAAUCGAACCAAAGGCUCGUCCAAGGGCAGCCAAUACCGACCCGUCGAUCAGAAUGAAGAGGCAUAG